CAAGCUCUGAGGCCAGAGCAGUUGAGGGUUCUGUCUAGGAAGGGGAUAUCCAGAUGGCAUCCAGCCACAGGAUAUACCCACCUCCUCUCCCAGCAACUUCCAUUCACCUUAUUCAGACUUGAACCAGAAGGAAGCCAGGGAUGGUGGCCAGUGUUUGAAUCUUGCAGACUGUUGGCACUAGGUUCUGAGGACAAUUGUGAGUCACUAUAGUAACUAUGACUUCACUUGGUGCUGAACCAAUCAGGCCCCGGAACUCAAGGAAAGAGAGGGAGUGCCAAGCUGUUACUGUUCACCCUCUGGUCCAGAUCUUUCUUCAGAAGAAACCUGAGUGGUCUCACAGACUUCCUCCGUUGUGCUGUUUUACUGAGGUUGGGUGGAGUCAACACGUCAUGGAUAAAGACCUCCCUAAAGGCAGUCCCAGGGAGCCCACACUGAACAUCAAGAAGUCAGAGAAAUCCUUCAAACGCAAGAAGCCCACCAAAAAUGUGCUGAUCUUUUUAAUCAACAGACAACUGGGCAGGCACAGAAGUGACAUCGACCUGUCAAGAUGGGUGUGGAUGCUGUCAUAAAGCAACUCCAGGGUGGACAUGGCCUUGGACAAAAAGUCAUGUGGCUUACCUGCUGAAGCCUGCCCAGAUCUUUGAGAAAUGAAAUAUAAUUAGAACAAUAAACUCCUCCCAUGUUUGAGUCAUUAAAA